AUGCAGUUUGUCGAUGUUGGAACCACGAUAGGCCCAAUCAAGCUUGCCAAGGGCGUUUAUCCUUCCAGAUCCUGGCUGUGUAUUGCGUAUCUCCAUUGUAUAGACUAUGAGACAAGAUAG